GGACACCUCUCUCUCUAUCUCUCUCUCUCCUACAUACCAACUUAGGGGUGCACGUCGUCCUUCUCCUGCACCUACUUCAUCUCGACAUCGGUCUUGGCUGUGACCCAUCACUACAGUCAUGGCACCCAAAAAGAACAAGACCGCUAAGAAGAACAAAGCUGAUAUCAAUGAAAUGACAAUUAUGGUAGAGGACAGUCCCACCAACAAAAUCAAUGGGCUCAACACUCUCCUGGAAUGUGGAAAUGGCUUUAGUUGCAUCUCAACGGAGGUCACCGACCCCCUCUAUGCACCCAAUCUCUUGGAGGGUCUUGGCCACAUGAGGCAAGACAGCUUUCUCUGCGACCUGACUGUCGCAACCAAGUCCAAGUCUUUUGAAGUUCACAAGGUUGUGAUGGCUUCUUGCAGCGAGUACAUCCAAGCAAUGCUCAGGAAGGAUCCAUCCCUCAAGAAGAUCGAGCUCAGUGAAUUGUCCCCGGUUGGUCUGGCUACAGUCAUCACAUACGCCUAUUCCGGAAAACUCACCUUGUCGCUUUACACAAUUGGUAGCACUAUCUCAGCAGCCUUGCUGUUGCAAAUCCAUACUUUGGUGAAGAUGUGCAGCGAUUUCUUAAUGCGGGAGACUAGCGUGGAAAACUGCAUGUAUGUUGUGAACAUCGCCGAUACUUACAAUCUGAAAGAGACGAAAGAAGCUGCUCAGAAGUUCAUGCGGGAGAACUUUAUUGAGUUCUCCGAAAUGGAACAGUUCCUAAAACUCACCUACGAGCAAAUCAGCGAAUUUCUCACGGACGACUCCCUUCAAUUGCCUUCUGAGCUCACGGCUUUCCAGAUCGCGAUCAAGUGGCUGGACUUCGAUGAGAAGAGGCUGAAGUACUCGCCCGAUCUCCUGUCCAACAUCCGCUUUGGAACGAUCUUACCUCAGGACCUUGUCAGUCACGUACAAAGCGUUCCCAGGAUGAUGCAAGAUUCUGAGUGCCACCGCCUUUUGGUGGAUGCCAUGAAUUACCACCUGCUGCCAUUCCAGCAGAACAUCUUGCAGUCCCGAAGAACCAAGGUCCGCGGAGGCCUACGAGUUCUGCUCACGGUGGGUGGACGGCCGGCGCUUACCGAGAAAUCCCUCAGCAAGGACAUUCUCUACAGAGAUGAAGACAAUGUCUGGAACAAGCUUACGGAGAUGCCCGCGAAGAGCUUCAAUCAGUGCGUGGCGGUUUUGGAUGGGUUCCUUUACGUGGCCGGUGGAGAAGACCAGAACGAUGCAAGGAACCAAGCAAAACAUGCCGUCAGCAAUUUCUGCAGAUAUGACCCCCGAUUCAACACGUGGAUCCACCUGGCUAACAUGAUUCAGAAGCGCACUCAUUUCAGCCUCAACACCUUCAACGGCCUCCUGUUCGCUGUAGGCGGACGCAACUCUGAGGGCUGUCAGGCGUCCGUCGAGUGCUACGUUCCCUCAUCGAACCAAUGGCAAAUGAAAGCUGCAAUGGAAGUCCCUAGAUGUUGCCAUGGCAGCACAGUUAUUGACGGCAAGAUCUUGGUUAGCGGCGGUUACAUUAACAACGCCUACUCUCGCGCCGUGUGUUCUUACGACCCGUCCACCGAUAGUUGGCAGGAUAAGAAUAGCCUGAGCAGCCCGAGGGGAUGGCAUUGCUCGGUGACCGUCGGAGAUCGCGCGUACGUUAUCGGCGGAAGCCAACUCGGCGCGCGAGGUGAACGGGUAGACGUCUUACCGGUUGAGUGCUACAACCCUCACUCGGGCCAGUGGUGCUACGUCGCCCCCUUGCUGACGGGAGUGAGCACAGCAGGUGCUGCCACCUUGAAUAGCAAGAUUUACCUCCUGGGUGGAUGGAACGAGAUUGAGAAGAAGUAUAAAAAAUGCAUUCAGGUGUUUAACCCCGAUCUUAACGAUUGGACUGAGGAUGACGAAUUGCCCGAGGCUACGGUCGGUAUCUCAUGUUGCGUUGUCACCAUCCCCACACGCAAAACACGAGAGUCGAGGGCCAGCUCUGUUUCAUCCGCACCGAUUAGUAUAUAAGCCGUGAGAGAGAGCAGCGGGGAACUUAUGAGUUGUAAUUGAGAAUGAUUUUUUAUUAAUAUUUGUUAAAGGUCAGCUUUUCUUACAGAUGCCAAUAUUGUCAGUUUAUAUAAAUCUCGGGAAUUGUGAAUGUCAAAUCACAGCAUAGCAGGGGUGUAAUUAGACAUAGAAGUCAUGGUUCAGUACGUACCUUGGUUUUGGGAUCGCGGUUCAAUAUGAGUUUGGUACGUUUAAUCGUACUAAGCGACAGAGAGCAACCGCUAAAGACGCGGUUAUCACAUUUAAUGAUGUGAUAGUGACUCUCAAAGCUGGUUUCUUCACAAAAGUUUCUUCACAAAAAGACUACAUAGGGCAUAGUAUAAAUAGGCGAACUGAGACGCAGUGGGUUGGUGCGUAGAUCAUCUCUUCUCAUUCUGUGGCGGUUAGCAAACAGUGUUGCAUUACCGCGUGCGCCCCCUUCUGGACUGGAGUGUGUAUUGCCUGUGAUCGACUGUGUUCAUCAUAAACCGAACCGUGAUGUACUCUGUACCGAGACUAAAACAUGUAUCGUUACACCCCUAAAACAUAGAAAUCACAAAUUAUAUACAAUUUCACAAGUUCACAAAUCAUAAUGUUUAAAAUUGAAGGAUUUUGAAAAGAAAAAAAAAAGUAUUGAUGUGUAUUUAAAGGUGGUUCAAAGGUUGUGGAAAUCAGGAAAGUGAGAGAGAUUUUUUUUGGAGGUAGAAUUAUUGUUUAUAAUGUUUACAGAGAAAAGGAAACAAUACAUAUCUGUAAAAUCAAGUCAUAAUUUUUAUUGGGAACAUAUUUUCCAAGUGGGGCCAGUUCUCCAGUUUGAUUCGAUUAGUCCUUUAAUGUAUAGGUAAUUACAACAAAUAAGACAUUCUCCUUUGAUUAACAAGCAAUGAUGCAGAGACUUAUUCAAGCAUUACUUUCUGAUGUUGCCAUUGCACUGUACACAUGUGAGCUUAUUUAUGAGGGAUAAGCCAGGUUUUUCAUUUCACUUACUCCUUUACCCACUAACAUUGUCUUUAUUCAUUAAUCAUUAGGCGGCAGGGAGAUAACAAAGGUUUUAUAACCCAGUUUGCACUGUAAAAACACCAAAACAGAAAGUGUGUGAGGAAUAAUGUGAAGAGCACAGAAUAGGAGGAUUUACAGUGAUGGCAUUUUUCUGAAAGCAGAAUGAAUAGAUAAUUGUGAAGAAGUUUUGGCCUGAACUGUCCGAGGACGAACACCAACAUCUGCUUUGUUUCCUGAUGGUUCAUGAACUUUAAUGUUCUGAUUAAAAACAGAAAUGUGACAACUGAACACACUACUGAUUUAUUACUUUAAAAAAGAUAUUGCUGAUGAAUGUAAAUUAUUGCAUUUAGCAUACAUGCUGUCAUACAUGUUGUCAAAUAAUUAAGCUCUGCAUAUUUAUUAAAGCUUCUUAAGAAAUGUU